AUGCGCCAGAGAUCUUACGAUUGCAUUACCAAGUCUACCUCUCCGACACUCUACAACAGCACCUCAACACCUACCCCAGAACCAAUCUUCAUCGAAACCCACCUCCCAGGCCUCCUCUCCCGCUUCUCCAACCCCGGCCUCCUAGCCGCAAAACUCGUCCCUACCUCCGCUCCAAAUCUCAUCGCUGCAUACAUCGUCUGGAACCCUCCUGCGAAAGCUACCGACGCCAGGACGCGGGAGGAGCGGCACGAGGAUAUUAGGAAAGAAGCCGAACAGCAAGGCGAAGGGAUUGACAAGGAAAUCUACUAUAAGCUACGGCUUGAAGACGAAGAGCUGAAUGAGAAAUUCUUUGGCAAGGGCUUCGAGACUCGCUUCUGGGUCCUGGAUGCGUUGGUCGUGGAUGAGAAUUUCCAGCGCAGGGGCCUGGGGACUAGGCUGGUGAGAUGGGGACUUGAUGAGUUGCAGAAGCGUAGGAAAGAGGGGGGAGAGGGUGCGUAUUUGAUUGCUAGUGCGCAGGGAGAGAAGACAUAUAAGGGAGCCGGGUUUCAGCGGGUUGGGGAGAGGGUUGCGAGGAGUGGUGGAGAGGGGGAGGGGGAGGUGAGCUAUACGCAUGGCUGGUUUGUGAAAAGGUUUGAGUGA